CACCGCGGACUUAGUGCGCGUUUUAGCGCUACUAACGCGAAUUCGCGUAUUGCAAAGCCGACGGUGAACGCUACGUGCUUCCAAUACGGAACUGGAUAUUUGUAUAUUAUGUAGAUGAUAUUUUAUCAAGUGACUAAUGUGUUGGACCAUUCAAAUUUAAUAUCUAACAAAUCGUAUUAUUUGAUGCAUGAUAUCAGUAUCGCGAAUCAAAUUAUGCAAUGCACCUGCACCUUAAUACGUGACGAGGUUGUAGCAAAUUUAUCUUGUGAUAAAUAAUAGUGACACAAAAUUAAAAUGCGUUCCAAUUUUGACGUUACUAUCAAACUGUCAAGGUGUGACUAAAAUGUCAAACGUAAACAUAAACACUGUUCUAAAUUUAAAAGUCUUCAGUGCUAGCAAUCAAUUAGAAAAUGGACCUUACAACACGGCGCGGGGAAGCGGAUGGAACUGUUCCACCGGAUUCGGUACAUUUAAACGGAGCGGAGCAGAUGUGCCGCGAACUAGUGAACGGAACGGACAUCGGGUAUGACGUCACGGGGGUAACCACGGAAGUGACAACAUCACGGAAGACGAACUCGUUCAGUAUAAGGAAUUUGGUUGGCGGAGAUGAUUCGGAACGUUCAGCCGACGGGAGCACGAACGUCAACGAUGACUUCUUCACGCACGAGCAACCAUACCAGAAGUACUCCAGCAUGGGUAUCUCGGAGCCUCCGAAAGACGACUCGCCCAGAACAACACCUGAGUUAACGAGAGCAGACCAGUCCCCGGCUUCGGAAAGACCUCCACCAGGGUCAGCAGACAGCGAUGAUGCUGACGAGUUUGCACCUAAAAGAAAACAAAGACGAUAUAGAACAACGUUCACUAGUUUUCAGCUUGAGGAAUUGGAGAAAGCGUUUUCGAGGACACAUUACCCAGAUGUAUUUACCAGGGAAGAGCUUGCUAUGAAGAUCGGAUUAACAGAAGCUAGAAUACAGGUAUGGUUCCAGAACCGCCGCGCGAAGUGGCGCAAACAAGAAAAAGUUGGUCCUCAAGCUCACCCCUACAACCCGUACCUGGGAGCGGGAGGCGGAGCUCCCCCGCCGUCCGUAGUAGCCUCCAUGCCCAAUCCGUUCUCGCAACUCGGGUUCGGAUUUAGGAAGCCUUUUGAUGCGAACGCCUUAGCAUCAUUCAGGUACGCAGGCGCGCCAGUCCUCGGGGCGCAGUACCUCGGGGCGCCCCUGCCUCGACCGCCCCUCUUCAGUGCACCUCUAUAUUCUACACCACCGCCUUUCCACUCGCUCCUCGCCGGCCUCGCGGCACCGCCAAGACAAUCUCCGGACCCGCCCCCAGUGUCGCCCCCCAUAUCUCCAGGAAGCGAAUCGCCCCCAAGUGCUCAAUCAUCAGUUCCAGAAGUCGAAAGACGAAGUUCCAGUAUUGCUGCACUCAGAAUGGCCGCAAGAGAGCACGAAUUAAGGCUAGAAAUAUUGAGACAACGGCACCAUAGUGACUUGAUUAGUUGAGUUUUGUACGGUUGAACUCCAGUGUAAUAAAUGCAGUACCUAUUUUUCAGGUACAAAUCGCAAAACUCUCAAGUUAUAGAAGCCUUGUAAGAUAACUAUUAUAGUAAAUAAUAGAUUUUAUAUGAAACAGUAGAGGAUGUCAGGAUCUAACAGGAUUUGUUAAUUUUACUUUUUAUUUAUCUAAUAAAAAUGUUCUUAUCUUUAAUAAAUUUAUGACCAAUAUCUAAUAAUUCAGUAUUGUAUUAUGUUUUUUAUCAUAUCAAUUUUCUACUUCUUUCAAAACUUGUAAUCCAUAGUUAUUUGCCUAAUUGUUUGGCUUAGGUAAGUACUUAAAGUAAUAGUGUACAUUAUAACAAUUCUAUACCAAUCCUGACUCUGUAAAUGUAAGUAAAAAUAUUUCAAUCCGUCCAAUUUAUAGGCCUUAUUGUUAUUUAUUUUAGCUUUAAGAAUUAUAAGACGUACUAUUUUAUAAUUUUAAUUUAAGAAGUGAUAAAAAUAACCGUACUACGCAAUAUGCUGUGCCUUGAAGGUGCCUUUCCUAUGAAAAUUUUAUUACGUUAAGCACGAAUCUUUUGCUGAUAUACAUACAUAUAUAUCUAAGUAUAUAAUUAUGCAAGAGAUAUAAGUUUAUAUAGAAAAUGUGAAUAGUAGACAAUAAAAUUACAGAUCAUUUGUAAAAUGUCUAAAAUAUUUUGUUACUUCUAUUACUGUUAAAAUGAGAAAAAAUAAAAAUAUCUCUUUGCAAAGUGAUUAUAAAUACUCAUUAUAAAUUUAACAAUUCUGAGAAUAAUUAACAAUAAUUUUGACAAGAAUUAUGAGAAUAUUAAACAAUACGUAUUUACUUAUUUGUGUUACUCUUUACAUAAAUACUUGUAAAUUGUUCAAAAAUAUAAAAUUAAUUUCAUCUAAUUGUUUAUCUUAAUUUUGUUGUAGUUAUAAAACAUAAUUCGUCCAAUAAAUGUGUAUUUAAGUUGCACCAAAGAGAGCAUUAUGAAAUAAAAUAAUAUGCGUUCAAACUUAUCCUGGUUAUUAAAAUUCAAAACACAAUAUUGAUUCUAAAUUUUCAUUUAUAUAAUACUAUUAAUAAGUGUUAAUUUGAGUCAAUAAUUUAUCAAAUUCCACUUGUGAUCAUCAUAAUUAUUUCGAAGAAACUAUAAAUAAAUUACGUACAUUUCGAGAACUGCACAAACAAUUUCUAAGCUUUUUGUUAAAUGACAUGAAAAUUUAAGUAUAUAUAGUACGAAAUAAACAAAUAUUGAAACUGAA